AUGAAGGCGGAUUCGGAGGAUACCAGUGUGUCGGCCCCCGAGGCCGAUCGCGGUCAACUGGAUCUCGUGCCCAACGGAGACCCCGCCCCGCGGAAGGUUUCCAAGGACGAGGGAAAUGGCGCAACCGCGCCGGCGCCCAAACCGAACCCGAAAGAUCCCUCUCGUCCCCGGAGGAAAAAGGCGCGACGGGCCUGUUUUGCCUGUCAACGGGCGCAUCUCACCUGCGGCGACGAACGACCGUGCCAACGAUGCAUCAAACGGGGCCUCCAGGACGCCUGCCACGACGGAGUGCGCAAAAAGGCCAAGUAUCUGCACGACGCGCCUGACGGCGCCCUGAUGCCGGGCAUCCGCGGCAAUUUCUACAACAAUCACAGCAAUAACAACCACCCCUUACGGAAUAACCUCCCCCUCUCCCGCAACAGCGCCAACGCCGUCAAUGCGACCGCGCCCCCGAACUCCGCCGCCAACUUCUACCCCACCCCGCAGUCGACCUCCCACAAUGUCUACCAGGAGAACUCCCUCAACCAGAACCCGUUUCCCUCCCAGUCGCCCGUCUCCCCCACCUUUUCCAUGAAGGCGAACCCGACCGCCCGACACAACAGCAUCUCCUCCGCCAGCCAACCGCCCCCGAACCCGGGCGUGUCGGGCGCACCCGGUCAGAACCAGAACCCGUUCGCGGGAGCCCUGUUCGACCCCAGCGACCCGGCGCUCUUCAACUUCGACCUGUCCAGCAUGAACUUCGAGAAUCGCUACGGCGCGCUCGAGUUCAGCAUGCUGGGCCAUAUGGCUACCGGCGCGGGGGACUCGCCCAGCGACUCGGCCACCCAGCGCGGAUCCAUGGGGCGGAGUGGCUCGGCGCAGUUCUCCGCCAACCCGGUCACAGGCGCGCCGUUUGGGGAAAGUCCCGGGACCCAGCAACCGUUCAUGUUCGGCGAUCCGCUGCUCAACGAGUGGCCCGGCGGGCAGCCGCCCGGCCCCCUGGGUGUCGGCGGGGUGUACCCGCCGGGGCAGGGCAGCGUCAUUCCGGGCCAUCUGUCCAAGCCGGACGCGCCGCACGCGUUCGCCAUCGAGAGCGGCUCGGCCAAUUUCAACAGCCCCGGGGCUACCACCACCACAACCAGUCCGCAGGUCCCGACGUCCGGGUUCGAAGACCCGCUGUUCCACCCCGCCAUCGCCCACAAGGCGAACGGCCUGGGGAACCCGCACGGGCAACGGCCGUCGAUUGCGGCCCCCAACCUCAAACCACCGACCCUACCGGGGGGACCCCGACGCCGCCAACAAAAUCCCUCAGCCAUCUACGAGAGCGUCAAAGAGCCAUACGCCUACACGAACCGAUUCCACAACCUAACCGCUUUUAUCCAGCGACGCUUCACCCCGCAAAAGACGCUACAGAUCGCCAAAGCGCUGGCGUCGAUCCGGCCGUCCUUCAUCGCCACGACGAAGACGCUCAACCGCGACGACCUGAUCUUCAUGGAAAAGUGCUUCCAGCGGACACUCUGGGAGUACGAGGACUUUAUCAACGCGUGCGGCACGCCGACGAUCGUCUGCCGGCGGACGGGCGAGGUCGCCGCCGUCGGCAAGGAAUUCAGCAUUCUGACCGGAUGGAAGAAGGACGUGCUGCUGGGGAAGGAGCCGAACCUGAACGUCAACACAGGAGGGUCAGGGUCAGCAUCAUCGUCAGGGGCGUCGUCCCGCAGCUUCACGCCGCGGGGGGCACCAGGCGACACCAACGCCCCCGGGCGACCGCAGCCGGUGUUCCUAGCAGAGCUGCUCGACGACGACAGCGUGGUCGACUUCUACGAAGACUUUGCGCGGCUAGCGUUUGGUGACUCGCGCGGCAGCGUGAUGACGACGUGCAAGUUGCUCAAGUACAAGACGAAGGAGGACAUGGAGGUGCAGUCGGAUGACCACCAGCGGUGGAACAGCCACCUGCGCAAGGGGGGGAUCGCCAGCGAGGCGGGGAUGAACCAGUUGGGGUUCAAGGAUGGGAAGGUCGAAUGCGCGUACUGCUGGACAGUGAAACGGGACGUGUUUGACAUUCCGAUGUUGAUUGUGAUGAAUUUCCUCCCCUGCAUUUGA